AUGUCAAUGCGAGUGACGCGAUCCCAAGCGGGCAAGACCCCGGUCAAACCCGAACGUCCCGGUUUUGUUGAAACUCCAGGGCGCAGGAGGUCACAACGGCGCAAAUCAGCCGUGGCCGACGCCGAUAUAUAUGAAUCGACCCCAGAGCCUGAGGAAGCCUUCGCAAAGUCCUUAUCAUCCACCGACGGCACCAUGCCCCCCAAGACAGCCCACACCAAUGGCCAUGCCAACGGAAAUGGAACUACCAAUGGACACGUCAACGGACACGCCAAUGGACACAGCAAGCAGGAAAAGAUCGAAUUGGACUUUGCAUUCGAGGCUGAAAAGUUUUUUGCCCCCAAGGAUCCUUCUGGUCUGCAUGAAUUUGGAGGUGCAAUUGGAAUGGGCAGUAUGAUGAUCUGCUUUCCUGCACUCAUGUACUACAUGUGGAUUGGAGCCGCUUUUUACGACGGCAAAUUCCCUACGCGUACCCAAGGCCAGAGCUGGUCAGACUUCUUUGGUCACAUGUGGUAUCUUGUUAAGACGGAAGCCUACCCCAACAACAAGGCAUGGCAAAUCUACUGGUUCUUCGGACUGAUGCAAAUGGCUUUUUACAUGUUUAUGCCGGGUGUCUACCGCAAGGGCAAGGCGCUUCCUCAUCUGGGUGGAAAGCAGUUGGACUACUACUGCUCAGCAAUGUGCUCCUUCUACUCUAGCGUCGUCAUCAUGCUGGCUCUACACUUUGGCGGCUACUUCAGGCUUUAUACCUUGAUUGACGAGUUUGGCCACAUCAUGAGCGUUGCCAUCAUUUCUGGCUUCCUCUGCUCGACCAUCGCAUACGUCUCUGCUCGCGUCCGUGGCGCAACCGUCCGCAUGACCGACAACUUCAUUGUUGACUUCUUCCUCGGUUCUGAGCUCAACCCCCGUCUCUUCGGUAUUUUGGACUUUAAGAUGUUUCUUGAAGUCCGCAUCCCAUGGUUCAUACUCUUCUUCCUUUCUCUCGGCACGUGCUUGAAGCAGUACGAGCAAUACGGCUACGUUUCCCUCGAAGCCAUCUUCCUCCUAUUCGCACACUACCUCUAUGCCAACGCCUGUGCAAAGGGCGAGCACCUCAUCAUUACAACCUGGGACAUGUACUACGAGAAGCUUGGUUUCAUGCUCAUCUUCUGGAACAUGGCUGGUGUGCCUUUGUCGUACUGCCACUGCACCCUGUACAUCGCCUACCACCACCCCUCCGAGUACGACCUGCCGACCUGGUUCACCGUUCUUCUGACUCUUGGCUACCUCUAUGCCUACUACAUCUGGGACACGACCAACUCGCAAAAGAACCAGUUCCGCCAGGAGGAGCGCGGUGUGGUUGAGGAGCGUACCACUUUCCCCUACUUCAAAUACGGCCGCAUCGAGAACCCCAAGACUAUCCAAACCGCCCACGGAAACAAGAUUCUUGCCGAUGGCUGGUAUGGAAAGGCACGCAAGAUCCACUAUACUUGUGACUUGUUCUUUGCCAUCAGCUGGGGUCUCAUUACCGGUUUCAGCAGCCCGUUCCCUUGGUUCUACUCGGUCUUCUUUGUCGGCAUGAUUAUUCACCGCGCAAUGAGGGAUAUCGAGAAGUGCAGGGAGAAGUAUGGUGAGGCAUGGAAGGAGUACGAGAGGCAGGUGCCUUAUCUUUUCAUCCCAUACGUCUUUUAA